GGAGGAUGCGGCGCCAGGGCGCGGGGCACAGGCCCAGGAGGCGCGAGCGGGGCCUUUGUGGUUGCAGGCGAGACAGGGGCCGGGCACCCCUUAUGUGCCCGCCCGCCCAGCACCGGCCGUCCCGCGGUCGUGCCCGUGACCGCGGCAGGUCGGGCACUUGUCCCCACUGGCCCAGGCCCCCCUCCCGCUCCCUCCCAACCGGUUCCCGGCACGCUACCUGCCCGGCUACCGGCUGACGGCUGUCAGCGAACGUGAGGAAUUGUGUUUCCGCCCCUCACCGGCGGCACUGCCCUCUGGACGGCGGGCGCAGAGAUGCGUUUUCCGCCAGAAGUGAGUUGUCCGCUUCCCCCCACGGCAGAUCCUCGACGGGCACUGAGGUUUUCGGUUUCUGUGCCUGUUCUCCAGAUAGCAGCCAUAGGAAAACUGAUGUCAUCCCUUUCCGAAGCAGUUUUCUCCAAAAAUCUGAAGAUUCCUUGACAGGAGGGGAGUUGGGUGGGGAAAGUUUGAGGUGGAGAAAAGUUGUCCCAUGCAGGCAGCGAGGUUGGGGCAGGUGUUCUGGAGGCGCGUGGUAUAGAUCCCGGUGCACCCUCCCUGGCUGGGUGAACUGGGGCAAGGUGCUCCCGCUCUACCCUCGAUUUCCUGAUCUGUAGAAUGGGGGUGCUGACAAUGGCAGCUGUGCUGCGGGACUAAACCGGUGUUGGCAGUCCCUGGCAUGCGGUGAGAUUCAGUGAGUCGCUGCGGCUGCUGAUAAAGUCCUACACCCUUUUUCUCUGAGCCAGAGCGACCUGGCACUUCUCUGGUCCUUUCUGCUCCCAGCUCCUUACUUCCCUCUCUGAGGGCACAUGGGGUCAUUCUCAGGUGGUAUGAGGAUUUCAGAUUUGGUGAUUCUUAGGGGGUUUGAAAGCAGAAGGGGCUUCUCCCUCCUGGCUCCCUUUUUCUUCUUUCAGAUCUGCCUUCUGGAGACUCCACCCAUCCUAAGGGAAGAGCCCAGAAAGAAGAUAUGGCUAUUGGACAGAGGGAAGCAAGGUCUCAAACACUACUUUUUAUUCAUUAAUCUCAAUUGAGUGUAUGAUUACUAACUUGACAGGUGUCACUGACAUUCGAGGAUGUGGCUGUGCUCUUUACGCGGGAUGAGUGGAGAAAGCUGGGUCCUUUUCAGAGAAACUUGUACCAGGACGUGAUGCUGGAGAACUAUAGUAACCUGGUCUCAUUGGGACUCCUGUUUUCCAAACCAAAAGUGAUCUCCCUGUUGCAGCAAGGAGAAGAUCCCUGGAAGGUAGAGAAAGAAAGUCCUGGAGGCCCCUCUCUAGGGUGGAAGGGCAGUCACAAAACCACGAAGUCAACUCAAACACAAGAUUCUUCCUUCCAAGAGCUGAUAAUGAGAAGAUCCAAAAGGAAUGGACCCUGGGACUUUAAAUCAGAAAAACCCUGCAUUUAUGAAUACAGAGUAGAGAAAAGGCAAGAGAAAAAAGAAAGUGUCCAGACAAUUUUAGUCACCCACAAAAAAAUCCUUGCUGUAGAAAAAAGCCAUAAAAAUGCUGAAUUUGGCCAAAACUUCAGUCCAAAGUCAGUCCUUGUUAAGCAACAGAUGGUCCCCAGAGAAGAAACACCACCAAAAUGUGAAAUACAAGGAAACCGCUUCAAACAGAAUCCGUAUUUACUUAAUCAGCCAAAAAUCAACACAGCAGAGAAACGCUAUAAAUGUAGUAUAUGUGAAAAAACCUUCAUUAACACUUCAUCCCUUCGCAAGCAUGAGAAAAACCACAGUGGAGAGAAAUUAUUUAAAUGUAAAGAAUGUUCAAAAGCCUUUAACCAAAGUUCAGCUCUCAUUCAACAUCAAAUAACUCAUACUGGAGAGAAGCCCUAUGUGUGUAAAGAAUGUGGGAAAGCCUUCACUCUUAGUACAUCCCUUUAUAAACACCUACGAACCCAUACUGUGGAGAAAUCCUAUAGAUGUAAAGAGUGUGGUAAAUCCUUCAGCAGGAGAUCUGGCCUUUUUAUACAUCAAAAAAUCCACGCUCGAGAAAAUCCCCAUAAAUACAAUCCGGGUAGGAAGGCAUCCGGCCUUCCUGGAUGUCAGAGAAUUCACCUCAGAAAGAAGUCCUAUUUAUGCAAUGAAUGUGGCAACACCUUCAAGUCUAGUUCAUCCCUUCGUUAUCAUCAGAGGAUUCACACAGGAGAGAAACCUUUUAAGUGUAGUGAAUGCGGGAGAGCCUUCAGUCAGAGCGCAUCUCUUAUUCAGCAUGAAAGAAUUCACACUGGAGAAAAGCCCUAUCGAUGCAACGAAUGUGGAAAAGGUUUUACUUCAAUUUCCCGACUGAAUAGACACCGAAUAAUUCAUACUGGUGAGAAGUUUUAUAACUGUAAUGAAUGUGGUAAAGCCUUAAGUUCCCACUCAACACUGAUCAUCCAUGAAAGAAUUCACACUGGAGAGAAACCGUGUAAAUGUAAAGUGUGUGGGAAAGCCUUCAGGCAGAGUUCAGCCCUCAUUCAACAUCAGAGAAUGCACACUGGAGAAAGACCCUAUAAAUGCAACGAGUGUGGGAAAACGUUCAGGUGUAACUCAUCCCUUAGUAACCACCAGAGAAUUCACACAGGAGAGAAACCAUAUCGAUGUGAGGAAUGUGGUAUAUCUUUUGGCCAAAGUUCAGCUCUUAUUCAGCAUCGCAGGAUUCAUACGGGAGAGAAGCCCUUUAAAUGUAACACAUGUGGGAAAACUUUCAGACAGAGCUCAUCACGGAUUGCCCAUCAGAGAAUUCAUACUGGAGAGAAACCCUAUGAAUGUAACACAUGUGGGAAACUCUUCAACCACAGGUCAUCCCUUACUAAUCAUUACAAAAUCCACAUUGAAGAGAACCCCUAGAAAGUAGAUUUGCAUGUGCGAAAGCCUUAAACCAAAGCUCAGCAGAAUACAUGCGUAAAAUACAAAUGUAAUAGAUAGGAAAAAUCUUCCUGUAACCUAGGCCUCAUCAGAUUCCGGAUUCCAAGGAUAAGCCUUGACUAUGUAAUAGAUAAUGAGGAAAGUAGAAAGUGUUCGUGCCUAUCAGGCACUUUUAAAAUAACCUAAAAUGAAGAAUUCACAACCGGAGACCCUUCCGGCAUUUGUAAAAUAAUUGUUCUCUUUCUACAGCAGUGUAUGCUAGAGGUCAUAUGUGAUUGUCAUAAACAUCUGGGUGAGGGGAGGUGUGCCCUGGAUUUUUCAUUAAAAAGACAUAAAUCAGUAAUACUUCUUUUUUACAACUAACACUUAAUAGCAUAUAAAAGAUGCGAUCAAAUUAUACCCUUCUAGAGGAAAGGACCAAAUAAAAGAUAAAAAAAGAAGAAAAAACUAUAAACUACCUCUUAAGUUUCUGGGGUUUGUCCUUUUCCUGACCUGAUGUCAAAUUUUGUGCAUGGAUUUCAUUUACAAAUAGAAAUAAAAGUCUGUUCUCUUCA